CCUGGUCCCGAGAGACCUUUUUUGCUGUCUGUUCACAGCCUUGAGCACUUGCUGAUCAUGUCCUGCAGGAUGAAAACAACCCCAUUGCCAUGGAGCAAACUUGGGAUUCUUACAUCAAUUCCUUAAAUCAGAACUCCUUGCCCAGACAAGUGGAAGUGACCGAGGGAAACUAUUCAGGGUCACUUGAAAACCUGUCAUUCUCCAAAGGGGAUCUCAUCACGGUGGUUGACCUCGAGCCAAUUCACAUCAGAGCAGAAGUGAAGAGUGGUGAGCAAGUUCUGGACGUGGUCAAUAUACCUCUUGGAUAUGAAGGGAACUUUCAACUGAUUGCAGACCCGGUUUCUUUUGAAACUGUGGCUGAUUUAAUCCAUUCUGUCCGACUUCCCCAGAGUCCUGUAGCCCAUAGAAGUCCUCCCCGCUUCCAGAACUUAAUCCCCAUCUCCACAGAUGAUGUGCCCGUGAAGCUCAGGAAAGGAGAAACACUGUCCUUAAUUGGCUUUGAAGAGAGUCAGGGGAGGAAGCUGCUGCGAUGCGAGGUGCUGAGGAAGAAGCCCCCACUGAAACUCCUCCUCCCCAUGGACUGCAGGGGCUACUUCCUGGAAUGCCAAGAUGACCAGUUCUACUCCAUUGAUACCAUCGUGAAGUGGAAGCUGCUUGCAGGGAGGAAACGCAGGGUUAGGGUGCAAGCAGGACAUCGUCUAAGGCUUCUUAGCCCCCUGGUUCCAAAGCACUUUACAGGACAUUUAGUUUUGCAUCCCUAUUUCUCAGUGAUGGCGUAUCUGCCAGGUGAGACCCAGGUUAGCAUCCUCUCUGAUCUGGACAUCAGUGUUACUGAGAUUGCCUGCUUAGAUCGUAAGCCCAAGACAACAAUGAGACAAAUAUACAGCAUGGAAGAAAACAAGUUCCCGGUGAGAAUUAAAAUAAUGAGCAUGGUCCGGUCGGAGAACAAGAUGUACCCGAAGCCUCUGAAGUGUGGGCAGCUCUUAACCAUCCUCAAGACUAAAGAUGUGAAAAAAUUUGUUGCCACUGAGAUUUCCCAAGGAAAGAAAGGGAGGCGUUUUCUCAUCCCACACACCUAUCAGGGCCUGGUGCUUAGGAGAGGUCGUUAUUUUUAUGCUGUCUCUGAUGUUGCUGCUGCCAUGAGACAUGGACAGAUCUGCUUCCAGGCCUCCAGGGACUACACCUCCUCCCUGGGACCUUUUGCAUCUUUCACAGCCGGUGAGUGCUUCCUGGCCCUGAAGAAGAGUGCGGUGUCUGCCAAGAUUCACAAUAAGCUACACAGGGUGGAAGUCCUUAAGUGUGUGAAUAUUACCACCAAAGCCCAUGUCAAACUGCCUUUGUUCGCAGUAGGAGAGUUCCUGGAGCUGUUUGAUGAUGCUGGACCAGGGACCCUGCUGGAGCUAUGCCAAGUCACGAAACUGCCAUGCCACAUCAGAGUGGCCAACCCAGAUCCCUCCAUGACUAGAGAUCCUCUGUAUGGAACUGAGGAACUGAGAAUUGAAAAUGUCAUCAUUGAACAAUGCCUCAUAGCUAAAGACGAACCAUCAAAGGAGGACAUAAUCUCCUCAGAAGACAUAUACACAGAGUGGCCAGAAGCCACAUUUGAAAUCCCAAUUGAGAAGUCAAGCUGUGAAGUCUUGGUGGUGGAAGAGCGUUCAUGGAUAGCGGAUGUUGGGAAAGAGAGAUACACGCCUCUCCAGAGCAUCCAGGAGGUCACUAAAGAGUCUCUGGCCUUUAGUAAUUACUUGAUCAUUCCCUGUCCACCGCCACUUGCUCCGAAGCCCAGAAGAUUGUUUUAA